ACGACGUAAACAACAAAAAUCUAGAUUUUCCGCGGAUUGUUUUUCGUUCUAAAACCGAAUAAAAUGGCCAGCGUGCAAGAUCCGGAACUGCAAGCGAAAGUGAAAAAAACCACGGAGAAAAUUUCGGAAAACAUGCACAUCGUCGCCAACGAACCAAGCCUUGCGUUUUACCGAAUCCAGGAGCACGUCCGGAAAGUGAUACCGCUGAUAGUCGACCGACGGGCUGAGGUCGUUCAGUUGCAGCAAGAUUUGCAGGGAAAAUGCUACGAUAUGGAGUACGCAAUCGGAGCCGUCAAAAACAUAGAAGCAGCCGAUGGUUCGUUGAAAAACAUCCAAGAGCUGCUGAAGAAUGCAAUAUUCCUUAAACAACAGUUGAAAUACGUGGAAUCGAGGCGCCCCAAAAAGGAUAGCAACAGCUCGGUGUACAAGCGCCUUUCCGCCCACAUCACCCUCGAUUUACCGGAUUUGACCGAUCUGUCGGGGGUAGUGCGUGAAACCACUAACCGCGUAGAACACAUGAUGUCCCAGGCACGCAAUUCUAACAGCAGCAUCAACAAUGCUCCCGCCGGAACAUCUACAUCGACGAGUGCAGCGGGCAGUGGUCCGCAGGAAUUGCAACGGUCCUAUACUACAUUGCACUAGGGGUAACUUUGAA